CACUAUAAUAAAUUCUGGGAAAUAUCAUUCUUUCUUCAUACUCCGUUCGUAGUACCCGAGAAAUCAAAACAGAAAAAGAGAGAUUCAAGCAAAACAUUGGAUUUGCUGAUAGAGAUGGCUUCUCUUGUUCUCCUUAUAUGUGAGCUAAUCAAACAUGAAAGCCUGGACAAUUUGCUUUCAUCUUCAUCUUCUUCCUUCACCAAAUCCUGUGCUGCAAUGGUGCCCGCAGCAGCAGCUGGGAAAUCUAAAGAAUCCAUGGGAGCUGCAAAAGAAGGAGAGGAUGAGGUGGAAAUAUCAAUAAUAAUGCCCAAGAUUUGUGUUGACUUGCUAUGGCCUUGAAAGUGUCUGGUUGAGAUUUGAUGAGAAUAUGAAUAUAUAUAUGUGUGUGUGUGUGUGUCGAAUUGAAGUGUCAUUUUUCAUUAAGAUUUUCCGUCCAUGAUUAUAUAUGGAUUUGUGAUGUAAUAUAAUUUUGUCCUCGAU